AUGGGAUCGCGACCAGAGUCUUCCGCCGUCACAACAAUGACGGUGACUUCAACGCCGGAAACAAGUCUAGCUUUCACCAACCUCGCGUACUGCUCCUCCUCUGACCUCCGUCAGUUCGCUGUUCCCGGCACCGCCGAUCACUUCCUCGCGAACGUCGCCGACGUCUUCAUUCUAUCGCUCUCAUAUCCUUUUUUCUUACCUUACCACUGCGGUUUCAGUUCCGACAUUAUUGUUUGUCUUGGAGAUUUCACACUUGUUCCUCGCAGGAUCCAUGAUGGAACCAUUGCUCUGAAUGCUAUUCAACGAAGACAUGCUAGAGUUUCUACUGAUGACAAUGUUACUGUCACCAGAUUCGUUCCUCCAGAAAAUUUUGACCUAACUUUGCUGGCACUUGAGUUGGAAUUUGUGAAGAAGGGCACUAAAAACGAAGAGGUUGAUGCUGUGCAGCUUUCAACCCAACUCAGGACGAAAUUUAUUUAUCAGGUCUUGACGGUAGGCCAGAGAGCUACAUUUGAGUAUCAUGGAAAUAACUACAUUUUUACAGUCAAUCGAGCUGUUCUAGAGGCUGAGAACCAAUCUAAUGGUAUCGAAAGAGGGAUGAUCUCUGAGGAUACAUAUUUUGUGUUUGAAGCAUCAAAUGCAACUGGCAUAAAGAUUAUUAACCAAAAAGACGCUGCAACAAGCAAGAUAUUUAAAGAAAAAGAGUUUAACCUACAGUCCCUGGGCAUUGGUGGCUUAAAAGCAGAGUUUGUUGAUAUAUUCCGAAGAGCUUUUGCUUCUCGUAUAUUCCCUCCUCGUAUCAGGAACAGACUUGGAGGUAAGCACGUUAAAGGGAUGCUUCUCUAUGGACCUCCUGGUACUGGCAAGACCUUGAUGGCUCGCCAAAUUGGAAAAAUGCUCAAUGGAAAGGAACCAAAGAUCGUGAAUGGUCCUGAGGUGCUAAGCAAGUUUGUUGGCGAGACAGAAAAGAAUGUAAGAGACUUGUUCGCUGAUGCUGAGAAUGACCAGAGAACCCUUGGUGAUGCCAGUGAGCUUCAUGUCAUUAUUUUCGAUGAAAUCGAUGCUAUUUGUAAGGCAAGAGGAUCAAGCAGGGAUGGCACAGGUGUCCAUGACAGUCUUGUAAACCAGCUCCUGACAAAGAUAGAUGGUGUGGAGGCCUUGGACAAUAUUUUACUUAUUGGAAUGACUAAUCGCAAGGAUAUGAUUGAUGAAGCUCUUCUUAGGCCUGGAAGGUUAGAGGUUCAUAUUGAGAUUGGCCUUCCCGAUGAUGCUGGACGUUUAGAAAUUCUUCAGAUUCAUACGAAAAUGAUGAAGGAAAAUUCUUUCCUUGCUCCUGACGUCAAUCUCCAAGAGCUCGCUGCUCGGACGAAGAACUAUAGUGGUGCUGAGCUUGAAGGUAUUGUGAAAAGUGCAAUCUCAUUUGCUCUGAACAAACAUCUGAGCAUGGAAGAUCUUUCUAAGCCAGUGGAUGAAGAGAAUAUUAAAGUUACAAUGGAAGAUUUUCUUCAAGGGUUAUCUGAAGUCAAGCCUGCAUUUGGAGCCUCUCCAAAAGACCUUGAACUCUCCAGACCAAAGGGAUUUGUGGACUGUGGUGAUCGGGAAAGGCUCAUCUACGAAAGAGUCAUGUAUCUUGUUGAGCAAGUUAAAGUCAACGAAAGAGGUCCUCCGGUCACUUGCCUUCUUGAGGGACCUAGUGGAAGUGGGAAAACUGCACUAGCUGCUACUAUUGGCAUCGACAGUGAGUUCCCAUAUGUCAAAAUAGUCUCUGCAGUGACUAUGAAUGGUCUUCACGAGAGCAAAAAAUGCGCACACAUUACCAAGGUCUUUGAGGAUGCAUACAAAUCACCACAUAGCAUAGUGAUCCUUGACAAGAUUGAAAGGUUGCUGGACUACACGGAAAUUGGACCGCGGUUUUCAAACGAAAUCACUCAUACGCUGUUGAAUUUUCUCGAACAGAGUCCUCCCGAGGGAAACAAACUUCUUGUACUUGGUACAACAAGUAAUGUAACGUUUUUAAAAGCUGUUGGUUUGCGCAACGCUUUCUCUGUUACAUACUCUGUUCCAUUACUUAGGACAGAAGAAGCCAAGAAGGUGCUGGAGCAACUAAACGUGUUCUCAGAAGAUGAUAUCGAUGAAGCUGCCCAAGCCCUUAAUGAUGUUCCAAUUAAGCAGCUAUACACUGUUAUUGAGAUGGCAGCACAAAGAGAUGGAAGGUCUAAAGAGGCGAUCGUCUACAACAGGGAGGAGAAACUCAACAUCACUCAUUUCUUAAACUGUCUUGAGGAAGUUACCGCAGAUAUCUGA